UGUCAACUCAUUAACCUAAUGACAUCAUCUCUCCAUCUAUGCCUCCACUUCACUCCACACUCUAGACUCGUCUAUUCAUUUCACCAUCCACCUCUUUUUUUUUUCUUCUAACUUUAUCUACAAAAAGCCAAGCAUCUCAAUCUUCAUUUUUCACCAUACACCAUUACAUGUCUUCAAGUGGGAAGGAAAUAGUAGAAGGAGGAUCAACCUCACCAAUCACACUUAGCCGCUAUGAGUCUCAAAAGAGAAGAGAUUGGAACACUUUUGGACAAUACUUAAACAACCAAAGACCUCCAAUUCCACUUUCUCAUUGUAAUUGCAACCAUGUGUUGGAAUUUCUUAGGUAUUUAGACCAAUUUGGAAAAACAAAAGUUCAUUUACAAGGUUGCAUGUUUUUUGGACAGCCAGAACCACCAGCACCUUGUACAUGUCCCCUUAGACAAGCUUGGGGAAGCCUUGAUGCCCUUAUAGGGAGGUUAAGGGCUGCUUAUGAAGAAAAUGGUGGAUCUCAAGAGACUAAUCCUUUUGCAAGUAGUGCUAUUCGUGUUUACCUUAGAGAGGUUAGGGAGUGUCAAGCUAAGGCUAGAGGUAUCCCUUACAAGAAGAAAAAGAAGAGCACAAGCAAGGGACAUGAUGAAUCAACCUCCUCCACCAUGCACUUUUCUUGAACUUCCAAAUAUUGGAUUAUUAAUGUAGCAUAUAUAACCAAAUUGGAGUUCCUUCUUUACAAGACGCACUCUAAUGAAGGUUUGGCUUUCUAUAUUUGACCGAUUAAGUGUUGGCAUGCUAGCUACUCUUUAAUGUUUCUAUUAUGUUUAGCAACUUGUAACCUCUUGGUCAUAAAACUCAUUGUGUAACCGUCAAUUAUGUAUGCCUUAGCUUGGUCUAUGUUGCAUUCAAACAUAAGUCACCUAUGUAGUUGCUUCUUGCAUAUUUUUUGGAUUGGUCCAUGUAAGUUUUUCUUUUACCCGAUUCCAUUUAAGUGUUAAUUGGGAUCGUAACUUCAAAAAUAUUGUGAACAUAUUUAGUUUUUGCUUCUUCUCAUCCAUGUAUAUAGAAUGCAAGCAAUACAACUUUUUAUACA